AUGGGAUUAACCACUUCAAUCCAGAUGAUUGGAAUUGGAAUCUCAAAUGUUAUUGUUGGAAAAAUUCUUGGAGAUCAGCAUCCGACUGAACUCACUAAUUGGAAAUAUGUGAUGAUUUUUCUGUUGGCAAAUACCUUGGCCUGUGUUGUUACUUCUGUGCUUCUGAAUAUUGUUGACAAGCGAAAGGGCAAAGUAUUGAAUCAGAGUCGUGCACAACGUCGCAGACAACAGUCCCUUUUGCACAACACAGCUUCUGCGCAUAGUGAAGUUUUCAUUUUUUCUUUUUUUUUUUCUCCCUUUUUUCUCCCAUUUUCUCUUUUUUACUUUUUUCUCCUUUUUUUCUUCUCUUUUUCCAUUUUUUCUUCUCUUUUUCCAUUUUUUCCUCUUUUUUUCCAUUUUUUCCUUUUUCCAUUUUCCUUCCCUCCUUUUUCCAUUUUCCUUCCCUCCUUUUUUCCAUUUUCCUUCCCUCUUUUUUUUUUUCCAUUUUCCUUCCCUCUUUUUUUUUUUCCAUUUUCCUUCCCUCUUUUUUUUUUUCCAUUUUCCUUCCCUCUUUUUUUUUCCAUCUUUUUUUUUCCAUCUUUUUUCCAUUUUUUUUUUUUUUUUCCAUCUUUUUUUCCAUCUUUUUUUUUUUUCAUUUUCUUUUUUUUUUUUUUUUUUCCACUUUUUUUCUUUUUUUUUUUCCACUUUUUUUUCUUUUUUCUCUUUUCCACUUUUUUUUAUUUUUUUUUCUUUUUUUUCUUUUUUCUCUUUUUCCACUUUUUUUUACUUUUUUUUCUAUUUUUUCUCUUUUCCACUUUUUUUUCUAUUUUUUCUCUUUUCCACUUUUUUUUCUAUUUUUUCUCUUUUCCACUUUUUUUUCUAUUUUUUCUCUUUUCCACUUUUUUUUCUAUUUUUUCUCUUUUCCUUUUUUUUUUUUUUCUAUUUUUUCUGUUUACUAAAAAAAAAAAAUUCAAGUCAGCCAUCAAUUUUAAGCAUGACUAA